AUGAGGAUUAAUACUACAAGGAUGACAACGCCAAUUGAAGAGAAGAUAGACCAGAAACUCAAAGUGAGAACUGGAAUGGUCACAGUUAGUGAUGGUAAAACUAGGCCCAUUCCUGUGCAAAUACAUUUGUCAAUGGAAGUGUUGAGAUUGCAGAAGGAGGAGCUUUUACCUCCUGAGACCAAACCACAGAAUGCAAAGGAGAGAAUGGUCCAGGUUAGAAGACAAAAAGUUGGUGGAUUAGGACUUAGCAUUAAAGGGGGAGCUGAACACAAACUACCCAUAUUGAUUUCCAGAAUUUACAAGAAUCAAGCAGCUGAUCAGACAGGUGAACUAUUCGUAGGGGAUGCUGUUAUUAAAGUUAAUGGAGAGUAUAUAACAGCUUGUCCUCAUGAUGAUGCUGUGAAUAUAUUACGUAAUGCUGGAGACUUAGUUGUCUUGACUGUGAAACACUAUAAGGCUGCCACACCUUUUUUACAAAAAGAUGAUAAAGACUCCCAACAAACUGACAUCAAUGAUGAAAAAGGUGCUUCAGAUGAGAGUUUGCUGUUGACAACAAACAGUACUAGUAGUAGACCAAGUUCAAUUUGCUCUGAACUAGAACCAGAGCUAAUGCAAACUCACUGGGUUGAUAUCAUAACAGUACCCUUGAUGAUGGCAUAUGUUACUAGGUAUAUAUUUGGAACUGAUAAAUUGAGACCAAAUGCCUUUGAAGUCAGGGGCCUGAAUGGGAUUAGUACUGGUAUCAUUCACUGUGAUGAUUCUGCUAUACUUUCACAGUGGCUGAAAUUCAUUACUGAUAAUAUCAUUGGAUUAACCAAUCUACAAAUGAAACUGUACAAUAGGAACUUCAGUGUUUCUGAUCGAAUAGAGUACAUGGGUUGGGUUAAUGAAGGGGUACUCAAUAAUAAUCACCCUUGGCAAAACUACAAACCCAGGUUUUUUGCUCUGAAGGGCACUGAUUUAAUGUUGUUUGAUUCACCACCUUUGAAUGUGACUGAUUGGAGCAAAUGUGCUCUCAUGUUCAAAGUGUAUCAGACAAUGUUUCGGGUUGUUAAAGAAUCCGAAAACGUCGAUGAACGGCAGCACUGUUUUCUUGUACAAACUUCUGGUCAAGAUUCCAGAUAUUUUUCUGUAGAAACAAGACAAGAACUAUUGAGAAUAGAAAACGCUUGGCACUGUUCUGUUUGUACAGCAGUCAUGAAAUUAGGGAAUAAAACUUUCACUGUCAGUAGCAAUGGGAAAACUGCUGGACUGACUUUGGACUGGAAUUUGGGAUUUUCUUUACAUGAAGGUGAUUCCAAAACACCAGUUUGGCAGUACAAAUUCUCACAGCUCAGAGGAUCAUCUGAUGAUGGAAAGUCCAAGUUGAAAUUGCAUUUUCAAGAUAUUGAAUCAAAAGCCAUCGAAACAAAGGAACUAGAAUGUUCAAUUCUACAAAGUCUGUUAUUUUGUAUGCAUGCAUUUUUAACAGCAAAGGUAGCAUCUGUAGAUCCAGGAUUUUUGUGUUCUAUGAUUCCAUAA